AUGCGUUUCGUAUUCCCGCUGUUGUUGGCCGCUGCCAACUUGCGGUUCUGUGGCGCCAGAUUCAAUGAAGAGGUGGUCGAAAGGAUAUACGAACACCUUGACCGUUUCAUGUCACGCCCUCGAGAGAUUCUGGACUUCAAGCUUGCCUUUCGCAGAGUUGGUGGAUUUCACCAUGGCAUGGGACCAGCAGAUCGUGAUACCUACUUUGCCGUCGUUUCCGCGCUCUCUGGGCAGCCCAAUACUUUCUACGCCCUCGAGGACGGUACCUUCAUGGGGAUUGCUGCUGGUGGCGCCUAUGCUUUCUACAAAGAAUAUGGCGACACACUCUAUGAACCCCCCGCUUCCCCAGAUGACCCCAAUUGGAAGUAUUGGAUUGCUUGUGUAAACAGCAAAACUGGUGAACCCGAGAACUGUACCACAGCCAAUUUAAAAGCAACAAAGCCAAAGUAUUGGGUCGAAUGCAUCGAUGAUUGCAAGUUGGCUCCAUGUCCUGACCCAGAUUCCCAGCGGGACUGCUCUAGUAUCCCUGACUUGCAAGAGGCUGAAGCUUGCAGGGAGAACGUCACUUACUGUCCUCAAUACCGCAUUUUUAGCGCAUCCAAGGAAGAGUGGAACGAUUGGAAAGAACAAAAUGUGACCUUUGGGUACAUACCGAGGAUGUAUCACUGCAUCGACGACAAAGGGCGUGUUACUCAGGAACCAGGAUCCUGUUACUACGAAAACGACUCUCCCGUACAAAGAAACAUCCUUGGGGACUAUGCGUACUGUCAGGGGAAGGGAGGUCCCUGCAACCCUUUCGUAGGGAAUUACAGAGUUUCAAACUAUGAUGCUCGUUACAGACCUUUCUAUACGAUCAUUCGGGAAUGGCAAAAGCCUCUCUGGGCUAAACCGGAUGUAUCUUUCAAUUCCUUCGAGGUCUCUUAUUCGACACCAAUUUACUCCACGGACGAACUGGGAAGAAAAGUGUUUGAUGGCGUCAUGGCCAUGGACUAUGAUCUUCGUGACAUUACACAAUAUUUGCACAACGCCUACGCGGGCACGGACAUCGCCGUGGCUCUCUUUGAGCAGGAGGAACCACACUAUUUGAUUGCAUCCUCCACGGGUAGCUCGCCUGUUUUUGGAGCACUUGUCAAGGAUCCAGGGUCGUGUCCACAUGAUGAAAUAACUUUGGAGGGCAAACACUUGUGUGAAUGUCCAUACGAAGAGACCAGUGUAGAGGGUCUUAGUCUAUGUGACCCCUUCAGGGUCCCCCUUCCAAGGCUUACCGGCCAUCCUACAGACAAAGUUCUGGUCGAAGCAUUUAAAAGGUUGGAAGCUGCCGGUUUUCCAAGACGGGAGCUCUUGACUUUGAACUCGGACAAUGAUCUUAGCCAGACCUUCUACGUGGCAACGACUGCAGUCUACGAGAAACCCGACACAAAUCUUACAUGGAGCUUCAUUGUGGUAAUGCCGGGGCAAUCAAGCGGAGAGAGUCUGACUCGCGGAGAACCCGGCUUUAUGCUCGUCUGCGCCGUUGCUACUUUUGGUGCAGGAGUGUGCCUCUUCUUCUUGGUGACGUUUCUCUUCAAUCGGCACAAGAAGGCAAUCAUGAUGGCAGAUUGGCGAUUUACGUGCCUGUUCUUCCUUGGCUGCGCUUGCCUGAACUUGGCGUCGUUCUCCUUCUUGGGUAAAAACACGGACGCUGUGUGUCUCCUUCGAAUGUGGAGCUUUCACAUGGCUUUUGUGGCAGCUCUUUCACCCCUGUUGGCCAAAUGUUUCAGAAUGAGGAUGUUGGUGAGCCAACCAGGAACUGUGACCAGGCGUCGAAGAGUCACGCAUUUCCAGACGUUCAUGAUCAUGCUCCCUCCAAUAGUGCUGCAGGCAGCCAUUCUCCUUGUCGUUACUUUGGUGGAUCCUCCUACAGCAUCAGAGGUGCUCAAAAACCCUGGAACAGUGGAUGUCACUCAGCAUGUGGUAUGCAGCCACAAUACGCAGGGCUCUUUCAUUUUUCAGAUCUUGUUUGAGGGGAGCUUGACUCUGACGGGGACGGUCCUUGCGUACCACAUGAGACACAUCGAGUCCAAAUUUGGUGAAGCCAAGCAGCUGAUCUUCGCUAUGUCUUCAAUUCUGGGCAUGGGUAUCAUCAUUCUCAUAUUUUCGUCUCUCCUUGAGUACGAUGACAGUGGAAGGAGGGUUCUCUACGCCGUCGGCAUAUGCUGGGGAACUACAGUGUGCUGUUGCGCUUUUGCUCUGCCCAGGCUGCUCACAACACAGAAUUCAAAUGAUUCGAGAUCGAGCCGUCGGGCAUCGCAAUUGGCCUCUACCGCACAAGGAAGAGCACCCGCGGGAGCGGACGAGGAUCCCUCGGCCCGAAAUCUGUCUCACUAA